AUGUCGCCCAGCGUCAGUUCCCCGGCCGAGCAGCGCGACGAUGCAAAGCGCAAGUUCAUGAAGACGAUGCGCGCCCUGCCCACGCAGCACUACUGGAACUAUUACUUUGAUAGGCCGCCCAAGGAACAGAAGAAGACCGAGGAUGGCAGCUACCAGUCGUCACUGGAGCAGCUGGGGUCGCAAAUCGAAUCGAUUCAGGACUUCUGGCGCCACGACAACAACCUGCCCCUCGCCCAGAUGCAGAUGCGCGAGUCGAUAUACCUGUUCAAGAGCGGCUUCAAGCCCAUCUGGGAAGAUCGCCGCAAUGUCCUCGGAGGCAGCUGGACCUUCCGCGCCCCCAAGACGGUGGGACCCAAGCUCUUCUCCCUGAUCCAGGCCAUGGCCAUUGGGGAGCAGCUGCAGGAGGUGGUUGAAGAGGGCGACACAAUCUGCGGCGUCGGGCUGUCCGUACGCUUCAACUCGCACCUCAUCUCCAUCUGGCACCGUGACGCCUCCAAAAAGAAGUCGAUCGAUGCCUUGCUACAAUACGUACUAAACAACCUGCCCGCCGAUCUGGGCUGGGAGCCCAAGCCCGACAAUUACUUCUACAAGAAGCACUCGGACCACACUGGUUUCAAGGCGCCGGCCGAGUUGCAGGCCGUCCUGGACUCACAGAAGAAGGCCGAGGCGGCUGCGGCCGCCAAGGAGGCGAACGAGAAGAAGGAGAAUGCCAAGGCUCCUGAACCAGCAGAGGCCGAGGCUUGA